GCCACUAGCGCCCCAAUCCUGCGCAAAACCGCGUGCAUUACUUUACUGACUGGCGUAAUCCUGUGUGUUUGCGGGAUCGGGGCCUGAAUUUGCAACCUCCAGCGGCACGGCACUACGCAGCGUCCUGGAUGAGCACAGCUCUCUGCAGGCUGUCUCCACUAACUGCUUGCACAUGUGAGGGAAGUAUAUUAGCUGCUAUUUGCAAUUUUGGGAUAGAAACUGAGCAGUGGAAAACAUGCUGGAAGCAAUAGAUACAAAUCGGGCCCUGCAGGCCGUGGAGCGUCUGCAGGCGAAACUGCGGGAACGAGGUGACUUAGCCAACGAGGAGAAGUUGAGCUUGCUAAAAUCAGUGCUGCAGAGCCCUCUCUUCAACCAGAUCCUGAACCUUCAGACUUCAGUCCACCAGUUGAGAGAUCAGGUAAAUGUCGCACCAUCCAUACUUUCGGCUGGCGAGUUCCCACAGCUUCCCCAUCAUGGUGCUAGUGUGGGUUCCUUGCCACAUAACGAAUCCUAUUUAUUGGCUCAGCAGAAUGGCAGCCCUGCUAAUGUGCUAGAAGCAUCUGUGAGAUCCGUUACUCCUCAGAUUAAUGGGAAAUCCUCCAGCUCCAGUGAUGAGUUGGAGCAACUAAUCAGAACUAUGUCACAGGGUCGCCUCGUCGAGACCUUAGAGCUGGUUAAACCUCCAAGUGGUGGGCUGGGCUUUAGUGUUGUGGGAUUGAAGAGUGAAAACAGAGGGGAACUGGGAAUAUUUGUGCAGGAGAUCCAAGAAGGAAGCGUGGCAUAUAGAGAUGGAAGGCUGAAGGAAGCAGAUCAAAUCCUUGCUAUUAAUGGACAAGCCCUUGAUCAGACAAUUACACAUCAACAGGCUAUCAGCAUCCUGCAGAAGGCAAAAGAUAAUGUCCAACUAGUUGUGGCCAGGGGUUCCUUGCCUCAGCUGAUCAGUCCUGUAGUUUCUCGAUCUCCAUCUGCUGCUAGUACAGUCUCUGCCCAUUCCAACCCGGUCCACUGGCAGCAUGUGGAGACCAUUGAGUUGGUGAAUGAUGGAUCAGGUUUGGGAUUUGGGAUAGUGGGAGGAAAGUCAACUGGAGUGAUAGUUAAAACCAUCCUCCCAGGAGGAGUAGCUGAUCAGCAUGGAAGGUUAUGCAGCGGAGACCACAUCUUGAAAAUUGGCGAUACAGACUUGGCUGGAAUGAGCAGUGAACAAGUGGCACAAGUGCUGAGACAGUGUGGAAAUCGAGUGAAGCUGGUCAUUGCAAGAGGUCCCAUAGAGGAACCACCUCCACCAGCUGUCCCUCCAUCAACCCCCGUACCAACUUCCAUACCAGAGAAACAGGCAGAGACUUCUUUUGAUAUUGAUGAAGAUGGAGAGAAAUUUGAUGUAGAACUCACUAAAAACCUCCAAGGAUUAGGAAUAACUAUUGCUGGUUACAUUGGAGACAAAACCUCAGAACCUUCCGGUAUUUUUGUGAAAAGCAUUACGAAAGGCAGUGCUGUUGAACAUGAUGGUAGAAUCCAUAUUGGCGAUCAAAUUAUAGCCGUGGAUGGAACAAAUCUUCAGGGGUUUACCAACCAACAAGCAGUAGAGGUUUUGCGGCACACAGGACACACAGUUCGACUCACUUUGAUCAGAAGAGGGCUUAAGCAGGACAAUCACAUUCAGCCCCAUGAGGACUUCACUGCUGCUGCUGAAAAGGACUUAAUUUUCCAAACUAUGGAUAACGGCACAGCCAAAGAACAGUGUGAAAGAGAGCAGGGAUCUCCACCACUGCCGUGCAGUGCUGGUGUGGUACACACUGGAGAGGACAGUAAACAACAAGAAUCAGGUUUCCAGCUAACUUCCACAGGAGAAGCAGUAUUGCAGAAUAAAUGGCAGAGGAUUAUGGGUACAAAUUAUGAGAUAGUGGUGGCUGAAGUUAACAAAUUUAGUGAAAGCAGCGGGUUAGGGAUAAGCUUGGAAGCUGCAGUGGGACAUCAUUUCAUCCGAUCUGUUUUACCAGAAGGGCCAGUUGGACGAAGUGGCAAGCUGUUCAGUGGAGAUGAACUGCUGGAAGUGAAUGAAAUAUCUUUGCUUGGGGAAAAUCACAAGGAUGUGGUAAAUAUUUUAAAAGAGCUGCCUAUCAGAGUUACAAUGGUCUGCUGCCGUCCCAUUGCUCCACCCGUCAGUCAGUCAGAGUUGGACAAUCUGACCCUCUCCGAGGUUCAGCUCACAGAAAAGUCUCAUGUAGACCUUGGUGAAGUCAUUGGCUCCUCAGAGACAGAGGGUACUGGCUUGGAAAUGGCUGAUGUAGGUCAGAAUAUUGAUGAGGUGCAAGGAUCUCCUUUGGCAAUGUGGGAAACAGAAAUACAACACGUUGAGCUGGAGAAAGGGAGCAUGGGACUUGGCUUUAGCAUAUUAGACUACCAGGACCCAGUGGACCCGGCAAACACAGUAAUUGUAAUCCGCUCGUUGGUUCCUGGUGGUGUUGCUGAACAAGACGGCAGACUUCUUCCUGGAGAUCGGCUGAUGUUUGUCAAUGAUAUCAACUUGGAAAAUGGCAGCCUGGAGGAAGCUGUACAAGCACUGAAAGGAGCACCAGUAGGAGCAGUUAGAAUAGGAGUUGCCAAACCACUGCCUCUUUCACCAGAAGAGGGUUAUAUUUCUGCUAAGGAAGAUUCCUUUUUCUACACUGCCCAGUCACUUGAGGAGGAAGGGCCGGUUGAUGCAGCCCUCUUCCAUGCUGAGCUGGCUCUGGUGGACUCAAGUGAGGCAGAUCUAGUGGAUGAAUCCACCUUUGAAUCACAGUAUACUUCAGACAAUGAUGACACCUUCCAGGCUUCUGUGUUAGCUCUGCACGGCAGUAGCUGUAGUGAUGGUCUGAACUAUAGCCUCUCUCUUCCAUCAUCAACUCCCAAGGGUGUUAGUGAAGAUUCUUCAAAUGCCUCCAUUGAUUUCCGACCAUCCAACAAGAAUCUAUAUAACAUAGAUCUAAUCCAGGGAGGGGGAGAGAACCAAUCCUUAGAGGACACGAGCAUGGUACCUGCUGGUGGUGUUUCCAAAAAGGAUCCUCUGCCUUCAGAUGUUUCUGAGAAACUCGCUGAAUAUGAAAAUACAGCUGCUUGGACGGAACCUCAGAUGUCAGCCGAAGUUGCACAAAAUACAAACUCUGCUAUCCCAGUGCACCCUGACCUUACUGGAAAAGAUCCAGUGUAUUUAAUGGAAAAGAGCUACCUGACAUCUACUAGUGAGGGAAGUUCCACAAUCCAAAAUACACCUGAAAAUAUGCAUGAGAAGACUAUCACUAUUGCAAAAGGCAAUUCGAGUCUAGGGAUGACAGUAAGUUCCAAUAAAGACGGGUCGGGAAUGAUAGUCCGCAGCAUCAUCCAUGGCGGUUCCAUAAGUCGUGAUGGACGAAUCGGUGUGGGGGAUUGUAUUCUGUCCAUUAAUGAAGAGACAACCACUAAUUUAACCAAUGUGCAGGCCCGGGCUAUGCUGAGGAGACAUUCACUCAUUGGACCUGAUAUAAAAUCUUCUCCAGCACCUGCUGAUGAUCAGGCCCCCUUUUAUGUGAUUACAUAUGUGCCAGCAGAACAUUUGGAAGAGUACAAAGCCAGUUUGGGACAACAACCAGAGGACACAAUACCACUCAAUCUCUUUUCUGCACAUACUGUAAGCAGAGAAAUUCCAGAACUACCUGAACGUGAAGAGGGGGAGGGAGAAGAAAGUGAACUUCAGAAUGCAGCUUAUAGUCACUGGAACCAGCCCAGACGGGUUGAGCUUUGGAGAGAACCUAGCAAGUCGUUGGGAAUCAGCAUCGUCGGUGGACGAGGGAUGGGGAGUCGUCUGAGCAAUGGUGAAGUGAUGAGGGGAAUCUUUAUCAAACACAUUCUGGAAGACAGCCCAGCUGGCAAAAAUGGAACCUUAAAAACUGGAGAUAGAAUAGUGGAGGUGGAUGGAAUUGACCUCAGAGACGCAAGCCAUGAACAAGCUGUGGAAGCCAUACGGAAGGCAGGCAACCCUGUAGUCUUUAUGGUACAGAGCAUUAUAAACAGACCAAGGCCAGAAUCUCUCAAUAGCUCUUCAUCAACCUCUGCUCUCAGUGGGCAGAAACCUACUAACCCAUUUUAUCAUCAGUCAUCUCAGCUGCCUUUCAUGCAGCACAACCUUUUCUAUGGGCCUGCUACCAUCAGCAGCACUAAUCCAUUUGCUGAUUCUCCUCAGUUCAACACUAACAAGGAUGUGCAGAAUCCUGUUAGGGUUGCCUUCCAUUGUUCCCCAACUAACCCUUUUGCCCCCACACCAUUUAAGGCAUCCAGUCAGUCAGAUUCAGAGCCAGAAAAGACUUCAUUUAGUAACUUGCCUCUGCCCCCUCCUUCAGCAUUUUCAGAAAUGAGCUGUGAAAUUGCACAAUCAUCUUCCAGCAAAAUUGAAGAGGAUGUGGAAGAUGAUGAUGAUGAGUUUGGUUACAGCUGGAAAAAGAUCACACAGCGUUAUGGAAAUCUACCAGGGGACCUGCACAUGAUAGAGCUGGAAAAAGGAAGGACUGGUUUGGGACUUAGCCUUGCUGGCAACAAAGACCGGUCCAGGAUGAGUGUCUUCAUAGUGGGAAUUGAUCCAAAUGGGGCAGCUGGAAAAGAUGGAAGGUUACAGAUUGCAGAUGAGUUACUAGAGAUCAAUGGACAAAUUCUCUAUGGAAGAACUCACCAGAAUGCUUCCUCAAUAAUCAAAUGUGCACCAUCUAAAGUGAAAAUCAUCUUUAUCAGAAAUAAAGAUGCAGUGAAUCAGAUGGCUGUUUGCCCUGGGAAAUCAAUAGAACCUUCACCUUCCCCCUCAGGGACUCCUCAAAAUCAAGAGGGCCAACCAAGUGCUACAAAUCCUGUUACGGCUAUAGACUUAAAUACAUAUAAAAAUAUUCAGCAUGUGGAACUCCCUAAGGAUCAAGGGGGACUGGGUAUUGCCAUCAGUGAAGAAGACACACUUAAUGGAGUGGUUAUUAAAAGCUUAACAGAUCAUGGUGCAGCCGCGAAGGAUGGACGGAUCAGAGUUGGGGAUCAGAUCCUUGCAGUGGAUGAUGAAGCUGUUGUGGGCUAUCCUAUAGAAAAGUUUAUCAGUCUGCUGAAGACAUCCAAGACCACAGUGAAGCUCACAAUCAACUCAGUUGAACAUGAUAGUCAAACAUCUCUUCAAGCACCCACACCCCCACUUUGCAGUGCUACCCCAGGCGAGUGGAAGAACAUCCAGCAGUCGCUGAUGAUUCCGUCUUCUGGGUCUCCAGAACCAGAGACAAUUAAAAAUACAAGCAGGUCCUCAACUCCAGCCACGUUAGCCUCUGACCCAGCUACUUGUCCCAUCAUCCCAGGAUGUGAAACAACCAUUGAUAUCUCCAAGGGACGCACUGGACUUGGACUGAGCAUUGUUGGGGGAGCAGACACUUUACUGGGAGCUAUUAUUAUCCAUGAAGUAUAUGAAGAAGGAGCAGCAUCCAAAGAUGGAAGGCUCUGGGCGGGAGAUCAGAUUUUAGAGGUGAAUGGAAUUGACCUCCGGAAUGCCACACAUGAUGAAGCAAUAAAUGUUCUCAGACAGACACCCCAAAAAGUCCGUCUCACUGUCUACAGGGAUGAGGCCCAGUACAAGGAGGAAGAUAUGUACGAUGUUCUCAAUAUAGAGCUGCAAAAGAAGCCAGGCAAAGGCCUCGGAUUAAGUAUUGUUGGGAAAAGAAAUGAUACGGGGGUGUUUGUGUCAGACAUCGUCAAAGGAGGAAUAGCAGAUACGGAUGGGAGACUAAUGCAGGGAGACCAGAUCUUAACAGUAAAUGGAGAAGAUGUUCGAAAUGCUAACCAAGAGGCUGUUGCUGCUUUGUUAAAGUGUUCAUUAGGUAUUGUAAGACUAGAAGUUGGAAGAAUAAAAGCAGGUCCAUUCCAUUCUGAGAGGAGAACAUCCCAAAGCAGCCAGGUCAGUGAAGGAAGUGGCAGCCUGUCAUCAUUCAGUUUCCCACCUUCUGGUUCCAACCCAUCUGAGGGCUUUGAAAGUGGUCUUAAGAAGAAUGCCAUAUCAUCUGAAAUACAAGGGUUAAGAACGGUUGAAAUAAAAAAGGGUCCUGCAGAUUCCCUAGGAGUGAGCAUUGCUGGAGGAGUAGGCAGUCCCCUAGGAGAUGUUCCCAUAUUUAUUGCCAUGAUGCAUCCAAAUGGAGUUGCAGCUCAAACUCAGAAACUCAGGGUUGGGGAUAGGAUUGUUAAUAUUUGUGGAACAUCCACUGAGGGCAUGACACACUCCCAAGCUGUCAGCCUACUGAAAAAUGCUUCAGGCACUGUUGAACUGCAGGUGGUGGCCGGAGGGGAUGUAAGUGUCGUAACCGGUCAGCAACAGGAUCCACCAGCUUCCAGCCUUUCAUUUGCAGGACUAACCUCAAGCAGCAUCUUUCAGGAUGAUUUAGGCCCCCCCCAGUAUAAGACCAUUACUCUAGACCGAGGACAGGACGGUCUAGGCUUUAGUAUUGUGGGAGGAUAUGGCAGUCCUCAUGGAGAUUUACCCAUCUACGUUAAGACAGUAUUUGCAAAGGGUGCAGCAGCAGAGGACGGACGGCUGAAGAGAGGGGAUCAGAUCAUUGCUGUCAACGGGCAGAGCUUAGAAGGGGUGACCCAUGAAGAAGCAGUGGCUCUUCUAAAAAGGACAAAAGGGACUGUCACUCUGACUGUUCUCUCAUGAACCGGCUGUCCAAAUAAUAGGAUCAACAAGAUUCCAUUAUCUACAUUCCACGUAGCAAAGAGAAUGGAAAUGUUUAUGUAGCCUUCUUGCUAUUCCAGCUUUACCAGACUGUUAUAUCACUGAAGAAAAAAUAACACUUAAUCAUAUUUUUGAACACAAUAGAACUAUUUGUCUUACUGUCGAAUCACUGGGAUGGGCUUAUGUAGUCUCUGGCAAAGACUUAAGGUUUUUUAUUAUUAUUGUAAUGAAUACAGGUGACCCACCAGACCAUGAAAGUUUGCAUUAGUAACCGCAUUGCAAAACUGGAAUGGUUUUUGCAAAGAGGCUUUGAAUAUUUGAGAUGGGUGUGGGAGGGAGAAUGUGUGUGCUAAAUAGUCAAGGGGGGAGGAGAUAACUGAGACUAUUUAAAUAGCAGAAAUAAAGUCACCGGAGGAAGAACAGUUUAACAAAAGAAGACAGAUGGAAAAAUUAGUUAGAAAGUCAGUGCUGCUAAUUACAUGCUCCAGAAGCAAAAUAAUUGGGGGGGAGGGGGUUGGGGUUUUUUUUUUUGGUGCUCGGGAGUUGAAAAAUCCACUUGCAGGAAACUUUCCCUGGUGAAUGAGGGAGCCCUACUGUAUCUGCAAUAUCACAAGGAUUUAGGCUUCUCUUUUAAAGUAGUGAAGUUCCUAAGCUUGGUGGGUAUGAAGAUAAUGUUCCCGAUGUGAACAGUAAAAUGAACACUGCCCUCUUCCUGAGUUUGCAGACUGGCAGCUCCAGUGUCACAGUCACUGCUGCGCAGAGCUUCUUGAAGCAGCAGCACAAAUUAACCACUAUGGGUAGCUUCCAUGUCACUAGUCAGAGCCCAGUGGAAAAUAGUGAAAUGGGUGAGGUUUCAUGCUGCUGCUAUUGCUCUAAGCCAGUGGUGAGCAACCUGCGGCCCAUCACAGUAAUCUGAUCGCAGGCCAUGAGACAUUUUGGUGACGUUGACCGUCCCCAGACA